AUGGGCACACUGCAACUGCGGUUCGAUACGACGUCGGAUGUGUUUGAGCGCGCGUUCUCACUGCAAGUACGACGCGCGGGCUUGCACGUGGCAGCGCUGACGACGAAAGUGGCCACGCACAUUGGCGCACCGCCCGGCUCGAACGCAUCGGCGUACGUUCUCAACGGUCUUCCGAGACGCUUUGACGCCUUGCCGCUUGUCGAGUUGUAG